AGGAAUCUUUACAUGGCAUCACUCAGCAACUGCUCCACUGCUCCAGUCUCUCAAUUCUUCCUUAUCUGCUUCCCUAACUACCAGAGCUGGCAGCACUGGCUGUCCCUGCCCCUCAGCCUCCUCUUCCUUCUGGCCAUGGGGGCCAACGCCACCCUCCUGAUCACCAUCUGGCUGGAGGCAUCUCUGCACGAGCCCAUGUACUACCUGCUUAGCCUCCUCUCCCUGCUGGACAUUGUGCUCUGCCUCACUGUCAUCCCCAAGGUCCUGGCCAUCUUCUGGUUUGAUCUCAGGUCCAUCAGCUUCUCUGCUUGCUUCCUCCAGAUGUUCAUCAUGAACAGUUUUUUAACCAUGGAGUCUUGCACAUUCAUGGUCAUGGCCUAUGACCGCUAUGUGGCCAUCUGCCACCCACUACGAUACCCAUCCAUCAUCACUGAUCAAUUUGUGGCUCAGGCUGCCAUAUUUGUUGUGGCCCGGAAUAGCAUUCUUACUAUGCCUAUCCCCAUACUUUCUUCCCGACUCAAAUACUGUGGAGAGAACAUGAUCAAGAACUGUAUCUGCACUAACCUGUCUGUGUCCAAACUCUCCUGUGAUGACAUCACCUUCAACCGGCUCUACCAGUUUGUGACAGGCUGGACCCUGCUGGGCUCUGACCUCAUCCUUAUUAUUCUCUCCUACUCCUUCAUCCUGAAAGCUGUGCUAAGGAUCAAGGCAGAGGGAGCUGCCUCCAAGGCCCUGAGCACAUGUGGUUCCCACUUCAUCCUCAUCCUCUUCUUCAGCACAGUCCUGCUGGUUCUGGUCAUCACUAACCUGGCCAGGAAGAGAAUCCCCCCAGAUGUCCCCAUCCUGCUCAACAUCCUGCACCACCUGAUCCCCCCAGCUCUGAACCCCAUUGUUUAUGGUGUAAGAACCAAGGAGAUCAAGCAGGGAAUUCAGAAAUUGCUGAGGAGGCUGUAA